UUCUUGGUUACCUUCACAAAGAGGUGUGUAAAGAGCACACCUGAUGUGGAUCCAAUUAAAACUAGCCAGCUGUAUUAUUUAUUUCUCUUUUUAAUUUACAGAUUUGGUUUAUAAACUUUUGUUAUUUUCACAAUUGACCAUAUUGCAUUAAUGACUCUCAAUCUUUUCAAGAAAAUUGUUAGUGUCACUUUUCUUUUUUUUUUUUUCACAAAAAAAAAAAAAUUGUUUCUAUCACCUAGAGAACAGAGAACACGCUUCAUCUUCUUUCUCUGGUUUUUCUUUGUUUCCUAUUCUUCUUCUCCAUACCCAUUUUCUUGCUUCGUACAAGUUGAAUUUCACUUCAUCAUCUUACGAAUCAAACUUGAAUCAAACUUGUGUUCAUCGAAUUAGCAUCCUACACAAAUCAACCAAUCUUUCUAUCUCUACCACAACAUUUACAAGUAAGUUACUCUAUCAUUUUUUGGGUUUUUCACUUCCUUUAGUUUUAGGUUAGUUUUGUUUGUGUUUGGUGCUUUGAUUUGUUGUUACCGAAUUUUGCACCGUGGGUAAUUGAGGUUAGCUUUGAUUUCUUUGUUAACUCAGUCAUUGUGUAUUGCAUACAAACUCAGUCGUUUAUAAUCGCACGAGGAACUCUCAUUCUAUAAAAAAUUGCAUGUCGUGAAAUCUAAAGUUUUGGUAUUAUUUGUUGAAACAUUGUGUUUAUUUCUUGUUGAAACUUUUAUCUGGUGCUUAUCCAACAUUUAACAUGUUCAUGUUCUGCUCUGGGACGGUUUAAUCACCUUGAUAGUUAAUUAAGGGAGCUGUCUGUGUGAUUUUAAUUGUUAUCUUCUGAUACCGAGUUUUAGUUUUAGGUUAGUUUUGUGCUUGUAACAAAACCCAACUCUUGCCUUUGUUUUGUUCCCGAAUUUUGUACUGCAAAAUUCCUUGUUUUGUGCUUGUUCGGUUACUACUUUUAUAGUGGAUUGUAUCCUUGCUUUUUCAAACACUCCUUGUGUUUUGUUAAAGUUUAUCUAAUAAAAUUAUUGUUGUUUCAAAAAAAAAAAGUUCAUACCUUCAAGGUUUGUUUUUGGAUCAGAAUGUCAUUAUUCCUGUCCAUUUACAAGGAAUGACAGUGCAUGAUCUGGUGGAUGGUAAUGGUAAGUGGAAUUGGAGUUUAUUUGACAGUUGGAUACCUGCAGAUUGUUGUAAAAAAAUUGCAGCAAUUCUACCUCCAAAUGAUGAUUAUGGUGGUGACGAGAGGGUUAGUAUUGGAGGAAGUACACAACAAUUCUCAGUUGCUAAUAUAUAUAACAACUUGUGUGGAUUUAAUGAGAAGGAUGUUAACACCAUUUGGAUGAAAAUCUGGCGUUUGAAGGUUCCAGAGAGAGUUCGGACACUAAUUUGGUUGAUUUUUCAUAAAAGAUUGUUAACUAACUCUCUCAAAAGCAAGAUGGGGCUGCAUCAUGCUAUGUGUGUUUUUUGUGGAGAUGUAGAGGAAACAAUACUUCAUGUUAUGAGAGAUUGUCCAAAAGCAAUGGCUAUAUGGAGUAGUGUGCUAUCAGUAAAUGAUAGAGGAAUUUUUUGUGUAGGAGAGCUGCAAAAUAUGUUUACACUUCUUUGCAUUAUAACAACACCACUUCUUUGCAUUAUGGAACACAUAGUUUUAAGAGCAUGUUGAAGGACGUAGAGCGUUCAGCAAAACAUCAGAAUUAAGGACAGUUUACGACCUUUUAUGUUUGUGUAUCAGGAAUGUUGGGUGGUUUUGUGUAUCAGGAAUGUUUACGACAUUUUAUGCUUCUGCUGCUUCUUCUGUACCAAAAGGAGUGUUGGCUUAUUUUUUGUACCAAAAGGCAUUAUAAUGCUUAAUUAAGUUGUAGCAAAUAAUGACUUAUACAUGUUUUAUGUGGUUAAGUUUGAAUUCUAAGCUCUCUUAUUGUAACUUUUCAAAUAUUAUCUCGGAAAGAGGAUUAAGUAAAAUCUGCAUAAUUUGAAUGGUAUAGUGCAGA